AUGUGCGUUCAGGUUGUGUUGACCGCUGGCGACAGCGGCGCACCGCCGCCGGCGGAGCCCGGCUUGGCGCCCGCCGCCGAGACCAGCUCCAUUCCCCGCCUCCCCGCCUCAGAGCUGAGCUAUGCGCGUUUUUGCCUGGAGUUUAUGGAGCCAAAUGCCCCGGUCCUUGUUGAGGGUGCGACGGAGGGCUGGCGGGCAGCAGUCGACUGGGUUACCCCAUGUGGCGCAAUCGACUUCGACUUCCUGCGGCAGCAUUUUGGACAUGCGCAGGUCAUGGUCACAGACACUGCCAGGUGCGAGUGCCACAACCAGCAGCAGCAGCAGCAGCAGGAGGAGGAGGAGGAAACAAGGGCAUCCAGCACGUUGCUGACUCCUGGUCCCUUGUGGUACUGCAAGGACUGGCACUUGGCGGCCUUUGAUCCGCAGUAUCAAGCCUACCGCUGCCCCUCCUUCUUCUUUGACGACUGGCUGAAUGAGUUGUACGAUGCCCGUGAGCAGCCGCAGCCGCAGCACGAUGUCAGGACAGCCGACUAUCGGUUUGUGUAUCUGGGUGCAAAGGGCACCAGCACCUCACUGCACUCAGAUGUGCUGCGCAGCUUCAGCUGGUCAGCUAAUGUGGUGGGAUGCAAACUGUGGCGGUUGCUGCCGCCCCAGUACAGCCACCUGCUGCUGGACCUCCAUGGUCGUAUCCCUGCGUGGGAUUUCUUUGCAGAAGACCUUGAAGGCCUGUACCCUCGACUUGAAGAGGCACGCUCGCACAUCGUAACCGUGGUUCAGCAUCCGGGCGACGCCAUUUUUGUACCCUCAGGCUGGUGGCAUACGGUGGAGAAUGUCGACGACUGUAUUAGCAUCAACCACAACUGGCUCAAUGGCCACAACGUGCACUGGACGUGGGCGCUGCUGCGACUGGAACGGCGGCAGGCUGAGGAGGGCAUCGAGGACUGCCGGGAGCUUUGCAGGCAAGACCGGCCCUCUCCUUUUUUCAGGAAGCUAGGUCAUUUUGGCAGAGGCCGAUAG